AUCCAGUCACAAGAAGACUUUAUAAGUUUCAAAAUGUACCUAAAAAUAUUAUUAGUUGUUUUAACUUUGUCGAUAAAUUCUCAAUCGAUCUUCUCUCAAACUGAAGGAUUAAGUUGCAGAUAUUUUGAAGACAUCUCCGGCUACAACUGUGAAUUGAUCAUCCAAAAUCCAAAUGGGCUUAAUAAUUUCACAGAAAUUAGUGGUGAUCACAUUGAUGGAAAAUCUGACAGUGAUGUUAAAGUUGUCAAUGUUCACAGAUCAAUCACAACAAAUAUUCCAGCAAUAAUUUGUGAAAAGUUUAAUAACAUCCAACGUGCUAGCUUUGAAUCAAGUGGGAUUGAAAGAAUCGAUGACUAUUCAUUCGCGCAUUGUAAAAAUCUCACAAAGUUAAGCAUAAUGUACACGAUGGUCAAAAGAAUCGACAGAAAUGCAUUUAAAGAAAACCUGAUACUUGAAAGUUUGAUUAUUGACGAUGCGGAAUUGUCAACCAUGCCGAAUAAUAUAUUCUCAAAUGCAAGCAGAAAAUUGAAAUUUUUGAGCCUACAAAAAAAUAGUUUUAAGAUCCUAAAAGCUGAAUGGUUCCAACCUUUAGUAAAACUUGAAGAAUUGAGAUUAGAUUUUAAUGAAAUUGAGGAAAUUCCGGAAAAUGCAUUCAGUUCUAUAAAGAAUCUUAGGUUGUUGUCAAUGACUUAUAAUAAGCUCAAAGUUCUCAGCGCUAAGUCGUUUGGUAAUUUGUCAAAAUUAAAUGAUUACAAUUUCUUUAAUAAUCAUCUUAACGCGAUCGACGAAAACUUAUUAAAUAGUUUAAAAUUCGAUAGUUCAGCUUUUGGAAACAAUUGGUGCACUUUAGUUCCUAGCGAUCAAAGUCUCUCCGUUGAAAAUUUGGAAGAAUGUAUCGAAAACUAUCGUGCAUUUGAUGCUGGAUGCACCCUCGGAGACACUAAUGGCAGGAUUUGUAAAUUGGAGAAUGAUAGCCAAGAAUUAUCAAAAGCUAUUUCAUCAAAUAAUGUUAAAUUACAAGCACAGAUUGAUGUCCUGACCAUUGCAAUUCAAUCGUUGCAGAAUCAAUUAAAUUUACUGAAUGUUGGCUAGUAAACUUCGAUUUGUACAACUUUAUAAAGUUUGAAUAAAGAAAUAAAAUU